AUGGGUGUGCUGACCGUGAUUAUACUACCUGUCCUGCUAACUGUGGUCGCCGCGGAGGCUGGCAAGCUGGGGGCCGCGGAGGCUGGCCAGGGGGCAACGGAGGCUGGCAAGCUGGGGACCGCGGAGGCUGGCAAGCUGGGGACCGCGGUGGCUGACCAGGGGGCCGCGGAGGCUGGCCAGGGGGCCGCGGAGGCUGGCAAGCUGGGGGCCGCGGAGGCUGGCCAGGGGGCCGCGGAGGCUGGCCAGGGGGCCGCGGAGGCCAAGAAAGGCCAAGAACAGGCAGAAGAACCGCCCCUGUCUCACAUCCCCGACACCAUCAAGGCAAUGCUGAGUGAAGGAAAGCCCAACCAAGAACAGGCAGAAGAACCGCCCCUGUCUCACAUCCCCGACACCAUCAAGGCAAUGCUGAGUGAAGGAAAGCCCAACAACAAAGAACGGAUCAUGGAUAGUGAAGCACCCCAAGGCGCCUUGAAACGACACCGAGACAACCUGCGCCAACUGUCCGCCACUGUUCAAGCCUUACAACGCGACCAAGAUGCCUUGAAACGAGACCAAGACGCCUUGAAACGCAACCAAGACGCCUUGAAACGCGACCAACACGACAUGCGCCGACUGUCCACUACUGUUGACGACUUGAAACGCGACCAACACGACAUGCGCCGACUCUCCACCAUUGUUGACGACUUGAAACGUGACCAACACGACAUGCGCCGACUGCCCACAAUUGUUGAUGCCUUGAAACGCAACUACCACGACAUUCGCCGACUGUCCACCACUGUUGACGCCUUGAAACGCGAACUGGACAACGAGAAGCGUCGUCACAAAAUUGGACAGACUUUAACAUCUUGUCCUCGGAGUUACACAAUGUGGCGUGGAACCUGCUACAAGGCCUUCAACAAACGAAAGUCCUUCGACAAAGCUGCCGCGGCAUGUCGUGCAGACGGCGGCACCCUCGCCAUGCCCCGAGACGCUGGGACCGACGCCUUCCUCAUCUCCCUGUACAAGUCCGUGAGCGAUCACUGGAACUUCUGGAUCGGCCUGCACGAUCAGCGCGAAGAGGGAAGGUUUGAGUGGGUGGACCGUUCUGCACUUGGGCCGUACAGCUCCUGGAGUCCGGGAGAACCGAACAACUUUUUCGGAAUGCAAGAUUGCGUCUGUUACUCCGCAAAGCCAUCCGAAAAAGACAAGUGGGACGACCAACCAUGCUUCAUGCUGAAUUACUUCAUAUGCCAGGCUGCACCAGGCGACAGGCGGGACUCUCACCACUACUGUACAACGGCUCUCCGACCAUCCGCAGUAAAACUAACUAGAAAAACCUAA